AUGCUGAGGCCCAGCCCGGACUUACGUGGACUCCGGUCAGUGUGGCCUGGUCUGCCUGGUGGCCCCGCGGCCAUGGCGUGUGCAGACAUCAGUACCGCAGCCCUGGGCCAUGUCGGGGUUUCGUCAGUAGUUCCUGUCAAGGCGCGGACUGUAACAGCCUCGCCAGCCUCCCCUGCCACCGGACAGGGCACGUUUCUGGGUGACAGGCGGUGCCAUCCAUUGCAGACUGCUUCAGACGUCCUGCGGCCCAGCGGCAAAUGGCAAAGGAGCCUGAAGGGAGGCUGGAGCUGCCUGGAGGUCGAUGGUCGCACCGACUUCAUGCAACUGGAGCAGCAGAUGGGAUACGCGAUCGAAGUACACUCACUCGCGGGCGACUUGGAUCACAUUUCUGGCCGUUUAGGGGGAGCCGAUCGUUCCGCGGCCAGCAAACAACAGGGACCCUCAGACAAAACAUCGACCAGUGUCAUCAGAUGCUUCAACAACCCAACUGUGAUGAAGAUGAUGGUGAGGGUCAUUGCCCAUGAGGUGGACUGCAAUUGGGCGCCGGAUGGGGUUCUCGAGCAGGGCCCAUCCGGCUGCCACGGUUGGGAUCUCGACCCCUGCCUGGCUCUGCAGGUGGAGGAGGAGGAGGAGGAGGAGGAGGAAGAACCUCGGGCUGGGACCAGGGCCCAUGACCAGGACCAGGACCAGGACCAGGACCAGGACCAGGACCAGGGCGGGCGGCGCUUCAUCACGACCUCAGAGUGA